ACACAAAACGAAUUUGAACGACCGGGUUCGGAAAACCUYGUAAAUCAUUCAUUGUUUUGGUCGGUGCCACGUAAGAACGCCUGGCCAAAAACGACUGGAAUGGCAAAAAGACAAUAACCACGGUAAAAUAACGAUGGAUAAUAAACUACAUUGAUGGCGUCGAUUUGAUUAGAAUCCACACAAACUGCCUUGGAAAUAUGAAGCUAAAAGAGAGGUUCAUUUUUGGUGGGUGCUUAGGAAUUUUAAUUGUGCCGUUUCUAUGGCUUCACAUAACGGAAUAUCAAGAACGGCAACUUGAUGAAAAUGAGAGGACGAUAAGAUUCCUACAAGCUCCUGACCACUCAGACUUCAAUAGUAUAGAACAUGGACACAGUUUAUCAAGGACACGGUUAAAGUUCAGGUCCAACCAAGAGUUAAAUAAUAUUGAUAGUAAUAAUAAUGUAAAUAUGGACACCAAAGAAGAUAAAUCUUUACAUAUUUCAAAAGAAAAGAGAUCGACUGAAAAUUUGAAUGAAAAAGAUGAUGGUGAUGAUGAUGAUGAUGAUGAACCAGAUGAUCCAUGGCUUACUUGGAAAGAAAUGGUCAAGUUACGUCAGCUAACUUCAAGUCAACCAGGAGGAGUUAAUACCAUAUUAGAUGGACUAUCAUUCAAGCCUAUAGUGGCCGCAGGAAUAGGGUACAAAGGAACGCAGUUGAAGGCUACAUUCUUGCUAGAUGGAAAACAAAAAGUUGUGUUCAAACCAAUGAGGUAUCCAAGAGAUUAUGUAAUUGAGGGCAAGCCUUAUGAUGGAUAUGACAGACACAAUGGAGAGAUUGCUGCCUUUCAUGUGGAUAGGAUACUAGGAUUCAACAGGGCACCACCAGUAGCUGGUCGAAAGGUCAACCUUGAAGAUGAAGUUGAACCUAUUGCAGAAAGAAGCCUACUUAAUACUUUCUUUAAAAAAGAUGGUAAUACUUGCUUCUACGGCGUGUGUCACUACUGCAACAAAGAAGAAGCAGCAUGUGCUAACAAGACUGUAAUGGAGGGCUCCUUGACGAUAUGGCUGCCGCGAGGGUGGGGUUUAGCAAAGUGGCGACACCCUUGGCAACGAACUUACACGUCCAAAAAGGCAAUAUGGGAAGUAGAUAAUAAUCACUGCAAGAGRGUACUCAAAAAGUACCCUUAUGACGAAGGACCAAGAUUACUAGAUAUCAUUGAUACAGCAAUAUUUGACUUCAUCAUUGGUAAUGCUGACAGACAUCAUUACGAGACAUUAAAGAAGGGUGACGAAGAUGGUGUACUCGUUCAUUUGGAUAACGCUAAGAGCUUUGGUAAUCCAAAGGUAGAUGAAAUAUCGAUAUUAGCUCCGCUCUACCAGUGUUGCAGGGUACGGCGUUCGACGUGGCAGCGACUAACAGCCAUAGCCAGCGAUAAAUCCAAAACUCUCGGUCAGCGGUUAAAAGAGUCUACAGAUGCGGACGCUUUGGCGCCAAUUUUGACUUCGCCUCAUUUGAAAGCAGUGGAUCGAAGACUGGCGAUUGUUAUAGAGAUCGGCAAAAAAUGCAUGGAUAAAAAUGGAAAGAGAAAAGUAUUAAAGGACGAAAGGAUGUAGAAAAUGAAAUGAAAUUUAGAAAUUAUUGUUCCUUUCUGGAGAUAUUUUCAGACUAAGCUAAAAUGCUGGCUCAUACACGGAACGAAAAAUUAUUUGAGAAGAACACUGUUAACCACGAUGAAAAAUGGCGUGCGCGUAUACAAGAGUUCUACAAAUGGCCAUGUGGAUGCGCAGUACGUGUGCGCGUGAUUAAUAGUAGGCACCGUUGUAGGAUCGAACGUGGCUUAUUAGGAAUUACUUGAAUUCGUUGUUCAGCUAUAAAUAAUCCCUGUGUUGUUGGUUGACCGAGGUAUUGUUUUUAGAGAAAUGUCUUACACAGCUCCUUGAUUCCUGCUUAGAAUUUCACCAGUUUGGAGGAUAAGCUUUCCCAGUCAUACAGUUGUGCUCUAGCUUUAGAACCAGUAAGAGCCGAUCAGGAACCCACGGCCUUUACUUCUUAUGCGCAUGCUGGACGASCAUGCGCAGUUAGAAAUAAAUACCCUGGGUACGAAAUUGCAUCAAAAGGUUUUUGACAUCUAGCCAAAAUGGCGCCGAUUACGUUAGAGCCUUGCAUAGACUCAUGGCAGUGGAAUAGCAGAUGGUUUUUGAAUUGAACGAAUAGGAAGAAAUUAACAAAUGAAUUAUUUUUCCAUGAAAUAUUUUAGUAUCUUAGGUACAUGCUUUAUUCAGAAUGAAAUACUUAUCACAUUUAGAAUGAAAUAAUUAUAGUCGCAUUACGUGACCUCGGUCACACUUAACAAAUCACUUGAUCUGACUAUAAUGGCUUUACCAAGGUUAUACAGAAAUGCGUUGCAUCGUUGGGCUGUUAAAUAGUUCAAAGCUUGAGUGACGCUUGAUUGGUCAGUUGACAUUGUAUUCGACAAGAAACGAGAGAAAUUUGAAAAUUAACACGGUAAAUCAAUUAAGACGCAAUACACGACGACUUUCAAAAAUGGGCGUCAAACGCGGUUAGGACUAGGGACAAUUGAAUGGAAGCGAGGUAAGUAAGGCCUCAUUAGUAAACAAAGCCUGUUCAGUACGAUAUUUUGUGUCAAUGUCAUUCACCCUUACUUCAAGAGACGCUUAAAAGAACUCGAAUUGGUGAGAUGAAUGACAUUGACACAAAAUAUCGUACUGAGUAGACUUUGCUUACUAAUGAGGCCUUGCUUACCUCGCUUCCAUUCAAUUGUCCCUAGUCCCAACCGAGUUUUGCGGCCAUUUUUGAAAGUCGUGUAUAAAAGUAUUAAUCAAAGCAAUACCCUAGAACAGCUCAUGAUGCAACGCGGUUCUGCAACUCCCUAACAGCCAAUCUGAAGAUGACUAAGAUUGCUACUUAACUAAGUAGAACUUUUUAAAAUUUUAGAUUCCCAGAAAAAGAUAUAACUUAUUGUGAAUUUUCACGAAAAAUAUAUAUUAUAAAACCAAAACCUUGGAAUAUUUUCUUGCAUAUUGACCAGAUACUAUUAAUAUAAUAACCUCAAGUUCUAUAAAUAAUGUCAUUAACUAUAUGAUAUUGAAAUAUGGGACUUAAAAUUGUGGUUCUUGAUAUUUCACUGGCUUUGCUAUGGCUUCAAAAAUGYCACCUUUGGUAAAAAGGCAGUAUUGUGUCAUGUGAACUGAAACAUGGGACUCCGAAAUUUUGGCCUGACCUGAGAGUCCUCUUUCAGGAUAAUCAGAGAAAGAAGACGAACUAAUUAACUAACUUAGAUCUGAAACUUGAAAUAUAUUGUGAUUAUAUAUAUA